AUGAAGCAGUAUGUAAAGGGAAAACCUAACCCAGAAGAUUUGAAGAAUUUUGUCAUGGCAAACCGUAACGGCAUACCCCUUGAUUUCUGUAUGUAUGAAGGAAAAGGGAAAGCAAUUCAGUCUGAAAAAGUGCCCCCUCCAGAGAAGUUAGAUGUAGGAGGCAGAGUAGUGUUGAAACUUAGUAAUACAUUGACAGAGAAGUCGUCAGUUUAUGUUGACAGAUAUUUUCCUUCUGUUCCCCUCCUCGACAAGUUACUGAGAGACAGGAACAGUACUGCCAAAGGUACAAUAAUGCUGAGUCGCAUCCCCAGAAGUAUACGGUUUGAGGAAGAUGCAACAAAGAGAAAAACAAGAGGCAGCCAUGAUCAGGUGGUAAGUAAUGAUGGGAACCUAGCAAUUAUCAAAUGGUUUGACAACCGAGCGAUUUAUUUGGCUUCAACAGAAUCAAGUGUUGAGCCAAUUGAAAAAUGCACUCAGUGGUCUAAAAAAGUGAAAAAGUACAUUGGAGUUCCCCUUCCAUGUGUAGUAAAGGCAUUCUAUACUUACAUGCGAGGUGCUGACCAGUCAGAUAGGAUGGCGGGAAAGUAUGGCAUGAGAGCCUGGACCCACAAAUGGACCAUCAGAGUGAUUCAUCACUUAAUUGAUUUUGCAAUUGCUGCUGCAUGGUUGGAAUACAGAGAAACUGCAAUGCAGAACGGUAUUGCAAAGAAACAUACAGUGCCAUACUACCAGUUCAAGCUUGAUGUUGCAGAAAAUCUGAUAUAUUUUCAGCAACGGUCAAGUUUACUGAUCGAACCUUUGGAGCAAGAACUAGACUCCGAAAAUGAAGAUUAUUUGCAAGAUAGGAAAAAAACCAAGACGUCCCUUGCCACUACCACAAAUGGAAAAAAGAAAAGCAAGCAAGCUUCAUUUGCCUGCAAUGAUAAACCACGUACAGAGGAAUAG